CAUUUCUCGACGCGACCGCGACGCGUCUUCCUCUCGACCACCAUCUCCUUGCCCCCACGAUGUCGAGCACGCAGUUCGACAACAUAUAUCAUGGUCUGGGAUCGAGCGUAGGCAAACUUCGCGUCGCCAGCAGUGGUAUGGCGUGGAAAGGCUCCGAGGGGGAGCCAAUUGUCGCCCUCCCAGCCGACGACAUCAAGUGGGCGCAGUGGCUACGCGUUGCGCGCAACUACCAACUACGCGUCGGCGUAAAGGACCACCAGAAGCAUCAUUUUGACGGCUUUGCGCGCGAGGAUCACGACAAACUAGCCACUCUCCUCAGAAACUACUUCAGUGUCGCGAUCGAGACCAAAGAGAUCACCUUCAAGGGCUGGAACUGGGGCGACACCGACUUCCAGGGCCAGGACCUCGCCUUCCUCGUCUCGGACCGCGUGGCGUUCGAGCUCCCCCUUCAGAAUGUCGCCAACUCUAACAUCGCCGGCCGUACUGAGGUCUCGCUCGAGUUUUCCGGGCUCACAACGUCUAAGAGCGUCCGCCCGCAGGGCGACGAGAUGGUCGAGAUCCGCUUCCACGUUCCGGGCGUGCAGACGAAGCUCAAGGGCGAGUCUGCGAGCGAUGCAGGCCAGUCGGACGACGAGGAGGAGAUCAGUGCCGCCCAGGUCUUCCACGACCUCAUCAAGGACAAGGCGGAGAUCGGGCAGGUGUCGGGCGACAUGAUCCUCAGUUUCGAGGAGGUGCUCAUUCUGACGCCGCGCGGGCGGUACGAUCUAGACAUGUUCCCUGACUUCCUGCGUCUACGUGGCAAGACGUACGACUACAAAAUUGUGUACACGAGCAUCUCGAGGUUGUUCUUGCUUGCGAAGGACGACAACCACGUCUUGUUCAUUCUCGGCCUCAAUACCCCCAUCCGUCAAGGACAAACACGCUACAGCUACCUCGUCAUGCAGUUCACGCACGAAGAGGAAAUCACUGCUGAGCUCAACAUGACCGACGAGCAACUUGCAAAAUACAACGGCACACUCGAGAAGAGCUACGAGAAGCCCACCUAUGAGGUCGUCUCCGCCAUUUUCAAGGGCCUCACUGGCAAGAAGAUCAUCGGUGUCGGGGGCUUCAAGUCUACCGCCGACCACCCAGGCAUAAAGGCCAACCUGAAGGCCGUCCAAGGCGACCUCUUCAUCCUCGACAAGCAACUCUUCUUCGUCUCCAAGCAGCCCCUCCUCAUCGACUUCUCCGACAUCCACGCCGCCAUCUUCUCCCGCGUCGGCGGCGGCACCGGCUCGCGGACCUUCGACCUGCGCGUCGAGACGCGCUCGGGCCCCGAACACACGUUCUCGAGCAUCGCGAAGGAGGAGUACGAGGGUGUGGAGAAGUUCCUGAAGGCGAGCAAGCUGAAGGUGAAGAGCGAGAGCGUGCCGGACGCGGAGAUGCUGAUGCAGGCGGACCUGGGCGACGACGAUGACGAGGACGAGGAGAUGCGCAGCGUGGGCUCGGACGUGCCGAAGCGGCGCGCGCUGGACGAUGAUGAUGAUAGCGAGGACGAUGAGGACUUCCAGGCCUCCUCGACCGACGAGGGCUCACCCAGCGAGGACGAGUCUGACGACUCGGGCGCCGCCACCGCCUCCGACGCCAGCGGUGAUCGCGACGUCGCCAAGGUCGUCAAGAAAAAGAAAGAGAAGAAGGCGAAGAAGGGCGCCGACGGCGAGGCUCCCAAGAAGAAAAAGAAGGCCGCCGCGCCCGAGGGCAGCGACGCCGAGGAUGACGACGACAAGCCCAAGGCGUCGAAGCCCAAGCCAAAACCCAAGCCGAAGGCGAAGAAGGCGGACGAUGCGAUGGACGUGGACGAAGAGGGCGGGAGGCCGAAGAAGAAGGCGGCGAAGAAGGAUAGGGACGAUGGGAUGGACGUGGAUGAUAGGCCGAAGCCGAAACCACGCCCGAAGCCGAAGGCGGCGAAGAAGAAGGACGCGGACGAGGAUGAGGAUGCGCCGCCGAAGAAGAAGGUGAAGACGAGUGCGGAUUAGGGGAGUGGUACGGGUGCCUGUCGUGUCGUCGUCGCCCUUUGCUUUGUUUAUGAUUUGUAUCUUCGCUGUGCACUGUAUUUCUAUCCACUAACUAUCGCUUGCUUGAACGGUGCUGACGCACAGCUCGGCCUCCUUGCAGCGCGCAAGCAAAAAUAAAGUGAGGAUUCCUUCGUGUGUGCCCUGAUUCCCUUGUACACUGUUGGUUAUUCUACACAAUGUCCAAUUAUGCGAGAGCGAAGUCCGGUAAGUAACGGGUCCAACAAGCUACUCCAUACCGCUUUCUUUUGUAUGUUCAUACUUUUCUUUAGGUGUUCAAGCCUCACUGCCGCCGCAACGCCCACAUAUCCGUCCUCCACCCAAGGACCGCCAGUCCAGCAGCACCCGCGAAGCAGGUACCCGAAUAUACUAUCAUACUUCCAAACCGCCCGCCG